AUGCCAAAUUGUAGUAGUUGCAUUAAUGAUUUACCCGAAACUGCUUUUAAAAAAAUUAAAAAUAAGUUAUCAAAAACUUGUGUUCAAUGUUUGUAUAAACAAAAUAACAAAAAUCAUGAAAUUCAAAAAUUAAAAAAAGUUUCGCAAAGUAAUGAAUAUGGCAAUAACGAUCUUGAUACUGAAUUAGUCAAAAUUAAUAUUGAUCAAUUGUCACAAUUUAUUGAAGUGUUUGUUGCUAGUGACGAAAAUAAAGAAUUUGAAUUAAAUAUCUUGUUUGAUAUUAAUGAAGAAAUGAAUUCAGUUUCUCAAGUUGCUAGAAAUCAAUCUGCAAUUUUAAAUGAUUUCAAAGAUUCUAAUAGAAAACGUAUGAUAAGAUUCAAAUAUAAUGGGCAAAUUACUAUUCGUGUUAAUAUGAUUGAUUCUAAAGCUUAUAUUAAGAGUAAACAUUUAUUUUAUCAUGAGCAACCUAUUAUUUCUACUAGUGUUCCAAAAGAAAUAAUUACUAAAAUACAACUUGCAACUUCAUUCCCAUUUAUCAGCACAUUUUGA